UAUACCAUGAUUUGAUGUUUGGCUAAAGUAGGAAAGUAAUUUAAAAAAAAAAACAUUGUCGGGCAAUACUAUGACAAUUUAAAAAGAUUAUUUGAAUGGCGUACUAGUCGGUCAUCCAACAUCGUCACGCAUGGGGCAAGAGUAAUUAAAUUGAGGUUUUGUGGUUCGUAGGGGUAUUAAGUGAUUACAAAUUAUCUCAUACCUCCAAACCCUCCCAGAAUGGAGAACACAGAGCCCCAUACUAAUUCGGACAGGGUGCUGGCGAUAAGGAAGGUCUUUGAGAAGGCCUGCAAGUUCCAAAGUGAGGCUGUGAAGCAGAGUGACGUUUUGCAGUGUGCCAAAGCACCAGGGCUCCACAAGAGAGGGACACGGGGACUGGGAGGGCAUUGUGUAGGAGCGGAGUGUAAAGGCCCUGUUGGGCACUCUGCUCGACAGAUGCAGAACAAGACCAAAGCAUCUUUGAACAGCCUUUCUACCCGCUUGGCUGUACUGGAGUCUAUGACAUCUCCCUCCAAAUCGUCCUCGAACGAGGGAGCUACAGGAGGGGCUGCAAGGGAACCACCAGCUCACACCCCCCUGGCCUUGGAUGAGGACCUCACCAUUUCCUGUGGAAACAUGGAGGGUCAGCAGACUCUAGUUGGAAAUAUGGACCUUGAUUCACCUGCCUCCACUCGGUCUCUGGUCCGGGACGGUCAGGAACUCCUCUUCAUCCCAAAGGGGGUGCAGAUAUAUUUUGUCACUCCCGAUGGGGAGGUCAGUGCCCCUUCUUGCCCAGGUCACCUACGCAUCAUUCGGCGUACCAAGCAGGUCUCAGAUGCUGCCUCCAGAGGUUCACCAUCCAUCCUGCAGGUGUGUGACUGGAUUUACGACGUGUCUGUAGACACCCCCGUUCUGCAGUGCAGCUCUGGCUUGUUCAUGUUCCCGGACACAUCGACUGUCACUCCCGGGUCUUACGUGGGUGUGGUGCUGUCCUCAGAGUUGCCUGACUCAGACCGCAAGAUGCUUCGGGACCAGCUUUCACAACUGACGGACCUAAGAGUCCAGGCACCAGACCUGGAGAAGGCUGUGGGUGUGCAGGAGGAGGAGGAGGAGGAGGAGGAGGAGAAGACACUGCCAGAGUGGAGUGAGAAGGUGUCCCAUGGCAUUCUGACAGGAGCUUCAUGGCUGAGCUGGGGACUGGUAAAAGGAGCAGAGUACACAGAGAAGGCCAUCCACAAGGGGGCGUCCAAGCUGCGGGAGCAUAUCACCCCCGAGGAUGCCCCUGCCAGUGUGGCCAGAGGCUUCCAGGUUGCCAAGCAGGCCACGGGGGGUGCUGUCAAAGUGAGCCAGUACUUAGUGGGCGGGGUCUGCACAGUGGCCAGCUGCAUGGGCAGGGAGCUGGCACCGCAUGUUAAGAAGCACGGCAGCAAGCUGGUGCCAGGAUCCCUGAAGACUGGAAACGGGCACUCCAACGUCGACGGCGCGAUGAAGGUGGCGGCCAGCGGGAUGCAAGGACUUGCAACCGUGUGGUCCGGACUGGAACUGGCGUCGACGAAUAUUGGCAAGAGCGUGGCAUCAGAGACCGUCUCCACCGUGAAGCAUAAGUUUAGGGGUAUAGAAAACAUACUAGACCCUCCUUGCAACACCAAACCUGUAAAGGAUUAAUAGGUGCCUUAGGGAUUUGUUGGGUCUCUUUCCUGUCUGGGUGAGGUGGUGUGGGGGGGGGGCACCUUCUGUUAAUAAACUUCAUAACUGCA